AUGUGGAUCUACAAUGUUGUGCGUGGCCGUCAGUCUAUAGGAAAGGCCAUAGGCAUUCUUGAAUUUGCCUGUCGAAUCUUGGCUGCCAAUCCCGAGCUGCUUGCUCUUGGUCUGGGUGCCUUGGUCUGCGUUGUUUCCUGGACGUGGAUCUGGAUGCUGAUGUUCACUCGCGUCUUCUUGGGCGGUCAUUUUGUGAGCUCAAAAUCUUUCAUCAUUGAUGUGGGUAGCUGGUGGCUGGGCAUCUAUUUUGUCGUUGUUUAUCUGUGGUCGAUUGGCAUAAUCGCAGGCAUCCAGCGUGCUGUCACCGCUGCAACAGUGAGCCAGUGGUAUUUCCACCGUUUGGCAACACCCGCACCCACCUCAAGGCAAAUUGUUCAGGCAGCUGUCGUUCACGCCGCCACAACUCUCUUCGGCACGAUCUCUUUGUCUAGACUACUGGGGCUACUGGUUCGACUUCCUCUGCUCUUGUUACCAGGUCGCAUCUCCUCGUUGCUCAGUCUGUUCGCCUAUUCACUCAUCCCCACCCCAAUUACUUUUUUGACCAAUCCUCUUUCUCUCACCUAUGCAGCGAUUCAUUCGCAGCCUCUUGCCGCUUCCUCCCGGGGGUUGAGUCAAAUGACUACCCUUGCCCCAUCAGCGGCCUCAAUGUCUUUAUACCCCCGUUCAUAUUCUCAGUUCCCGGGGAACUUGGGGUCACUACUCUCAUACCGGCUGUCCAAGUUGAUCCUUUACGCUGCGCGUUUCAUGAUGUCCUUAGCCUUAGGGUUCGGUGGUUGGGUGACCACAGCUCGGAGCCUGACAACCCCUACGUCUGGUAGCACCAUUCGAGGCAGUCUUUAUGCCUACGUCGUCGGUCUUAUUGCUGGAACAAUUGGCUGGACCACGUUGGGUGCAAUGGAAGGUGUGAUCGCAGAUAUUGUAGAUGCAGCGGUGAUUUGCUGGGCAAGCGAAGUCGGUAUCUCCGGCAGAGAGGCCCGGUAUUGCCGUGAGGCUGGUUGGCUCUUUGGUGAUUCGCAACCUCGAUUCGGACAUGAACAUCAAGAGGUCUAG